CUUUUUAAUACAAAAUGGCAGACGACGUUAUACAAAUGCAAGUUUGGAGGGGAAAUUGGGGUCUUCCUUCCAGUGAUCCAAAUUGUCUUGCUGUUUUAGCAUAUUGUAAGUUUUCUGGUGUGCCAGUCCGAAUAAGAAAGACGGGAAACACACUGAGAUCUCCAUCUGGUGCAUUUCCAAUCUUGAGACACAGGGCUGUGACGGAAACAAAAGUGUCUGGAAUUUUCAGCUAUCUCAGAAAGCAGCGCUGGGGUUCUGAUUUUGAACUGUCCAACAAACAGGGUGCUGAUGUCAUAGCAUAUUCUUCCAUGCUGGAGGAAAAACUGCUUCCUGCAAUUCUACAUCUUUGGUGGAUAGAUAGUAAAACAUUUGUGGAUGUGACAAGACCAUGGUAUGCUAAAAUUGUCCCAUUCCCACUCAACUUUUAUGUGCCUGGUCGCAUGCAGAAAGAAGCUUGGAUGAGAGUGUUCCUUCCAAACAAUGGAGCAAAUAUUACAACUUCAGAAGUUGAAGCCAAGAUAUAUCGUGAUGCAAGAGAGUGCCUCAACCAUCUUAGUUACAAGCUGGGUGAUAAAGAAUUUUUCUUUGGUAAAAUGCCUACUUCACUUGAUGCCUUGGUGUUUGGCUACCUGGCUCCCAUUCUGAAAGCUCCUUUGCCUAACAACCAGAUCCAGAAUCAUCUAAAAGGCUGUGAUAAUCUGAGUAACCUGUGUGACAAAAUACUUCGCAGAUACUUCCCUCCAACCUCAGAAUCCGAUUCCAAGCGAAAGCAGGAGGAUGACAAGAAAAUGGCCCAGAAUGCCGACUUCCCAAACAGACAGCGCAACAUGAUCCUUGCUGCCAUGUUCGCCCUCACAACCAUGGUGGGCUACGCGUUCCUGAGUGGCUUGAUACAAAUCGAUUUCUGUGAGGAGAAGGCCAUUUCCUCCCCUAGCGAGUGUAAAGCACCGGACUUUGAGCUUCUUGAUCCCCUGUUCGAGGAUCAGCAAGAGGAAGAGGAAUCUUAGUGUCAAAUAUUAACCGUUGCUGAAUCAGAGUGUUAAAGGAACUGUCCUCAGUUUUCUGCCAUUGUUAACCUUCUGAAAUACUGGAUUAAUUUUGGAUAAAAACCAUGUUGAGGGG